GCAAGGGCUUCCCAUGAUACCCCGCGAGGCGCCUAUUCAAACUGCACGGAGAAGCCGGAGGAGGUCGUGAUGGCGGCUCCGGAGCCGGAAGUGCUGUGCCGGGCUGCAGUACCUGAUUUGGAAUGGUAUGAGAAGUCAGAGGAAACCCACGCCCCCCAGAUAGAACUACUUGAGACUACCUCUACUCAAGAACCUCCCAACCUUUCGGAGCCCUUUCGCCCCAGAGACUGCAUGGUGCCAGUGGUGUUUCCCGGGCCUGUGAGCCAGGAAGGCUGCUGUCGGUUUACUUGUGAACUUCUAAAGCAUAUCAUGUACCAGCGCCAACAACUGCCUCUGCCCUAUGAACAGCUUAAGCACUUCUACCGAAAACCUUCUACCCAGGCUGAGGAUGCGAUGAAGAAGAAAGCUCGGGCCACCGCUGAGGUGAGCAGCAGGAAAUGUCAACAAGCCCUGGCAGAACUGGAGAGUGUCCUCAGCCACCUAGAGGGUUUCUUUGCUCGGACAUUAGUACCCCGCGUGCUUAUCCUCCUUGGUGGCAGUGCCUUAAGUCCCAAGGAGUUCUACGAGCUUGACUUGUCCCGCUUGGCCCCCAACAACAUGGACCAGAGCCUGAGCACAGCAGCUUGUUUGCGCCGUCUAUUCCGAGCCAUUUUCAUGGCUGAUGCCUUCAGUGAGCUCCAGGCUCCUCCGCUCAUGGGCACCAUUGUCAUGGCACAGGGGCACCGGGACUGUGGAGAAGAUUGGUUUCGACCCAAGCUCAACUACCGAGUGCCCACCCGGGGCCACAAACUGACUGUGACCCUGUCCUGUGGCAGACCCUCUAUCCCAGCCACGGCCUGGGAGGAUUACAUUUGGUUCCAGGCACCAGUGACACUUAAAGGCUUCCAUGAGUGA